AUGGACAGCCAUUUCUCGCCCGAUCCCACCAAUGAUCCAAUGUUGCAACAACUUUUUCGAAUAUUCUCCUUUUUUGCUGACCUUUGCCCAUCCGGAACUUUGUCACCCCCUCAAGCUCAUUUCAUCUUAGCCGAGCUGCAAAAGGCUUGCGAGCUGCCGACAACCAGCCGUGAUUUUGUUUUUGAUUCGGAUUGUAUUACUUUCCGAGAACUUCUCACUUAUAUAGAGGCGCUUUUUCUUGACCGAGACGAGCUCGAAGCGGCAGUGCAAAGGCUUUUCGAGCAACUUAUUUCACAAAUUAUUCGUAAAGAUUUUGUUUUGUAUCGUCGCCGGAGAAAUGGUUGUUCACCAUUCAGUCAGCGCUCUCAAUGGAAAGCCGCUUGGAUCACUAUCGUUCCCGGGACUCUCAAUUUGCGUCCUGUACAUAAGCCAAAUGAAAAAGAAACAUUAACACUUGAGAAGACAACAAUCGUUUUGGUUGGCCCAAAAGAGGAUGAGCAUUAUUUGUUGUAUGUGGACAGUGGCAAAAAGCAUUAUGCUUUGGCACAUAUGGAUAACAUUUCACGAAAUUCCCUAGUUAAAGAUAUUAAAAUGGGAAUUACAUUCCGGACAAGAGUUGAGCUUUCUGAACACCAUCGACGAAUUGCGCAAAGAUCCUUUGGUGUACAUGGAAAGAAUCGAGAACUUUCGUGGCGAUUAGCAUUGGAAGCAGAAAAUGCACGACUUCUUCAAAUCAUAGAAGAAGGGAAAAGAUCGCUCCGAGAUGAGGAAAUUGUUCGCUCACUUGCUGCUAGAAUGCUAGAAGAGGAAAGGGGAAAGAAUGAGCAACUCACACAACUUCUCGCGCAUUUUGAACGACAACUUCGACUCUCCAAUCAACCAGAGAACACCACAAUCACUAUUAAUUUAGAACGAAUCGAAGAAGAGGAAAAUGAUGAGGUGCAAGUGAUUGAAAGAGAUGAAGAAGGAGGAAAUCUUCGGGAUAGUCAUUUCACCGAUACUGAUAGCACUGCAACUGCAUCACAUUUUGAAAGUGAAGUCGAGAGAACGCCUUAUGAUGAAGCAAAUGAGAUAUCAGCGGUGGAAAGAGCUCGACGAGAAAGAGAACUCUAUUUAAUCACUUCAACUCAAUCAAUC